GUGAGCCCUGGGCUCCACACUGAGUGCUAACCAUGCUGCAGCAGACCGACGCGACCUCCAGCACUCUGCAGCUGGUAGCGACGGACAUGACUGGGAUCAUGGAGAAGCUGGACACGAGUGAGCUGGACCUGGGCGAUCAUGAGUACGACAUGAACGAUGGGGCCAAGCCGGGGGAUCGGUUGCCUUUUUCACAGAUCUACCACCUGGUGGGUUUCAAGGAUCCCAAGGCAAAGGUUUUCUUGUCCUCUCCAAUUACAGCCAAAAUCAUGGAAGUGGAGCGGUUCACCUUAGCUCAGGACCGCUUCAACAAAACCACGCAACGGAGCAUCAACAAGUCGAUGCCGUGUCUGUAUAAGAUCGAGCUGAAGCACGGGGAGUUCACGUGGGUGGUGAAGAAGAAGGAGAAACACUUUGGGGAGCUCCACAGAGAGAUGCGGACCUAUAAGACCCUUCUGAAGCUGCCGCUGCCCUCACGCAGUCACACGGUGAGGAGGAAGACUGUGAUGAGGAACGAGGCGAUGCCGGUCCUCCCUCGAGAAGGAGGAGGAGAAGAGCUGGACAGAGAGGAGCGAGUCUCCAGCCGCAGGAAACAACUGGAGGAUUACUUGAACAAGCUGCUUCGAAUGCCAAUGUACCGGAACCACCACGCAACGAUGGAGUUCAUUGAAGUCAGCCAGAUAUCCUUCAUCCACGACCUGGGACCAAAAGGCUUAGAAGGAAUGGUGCUGAAGCGAUCCGGCGGCCACAGAAUUCCCGGGAUGAACUGCUGCGGUCGCAGCAAGAUGUGCUACCGCUGGUCCAAACGCUGGCUGGUGGUGAAAGACUCGUUCUUGUUGUACAUGAAGCCAGAUUCUGGUGCCAUCUCGUUCGUGAUGCUGUUCGACAAAGAGUUCAGCAUCAAGAUGAACUUCAAAGACACCGAGACCAAACACGGGGUCCGCAUCGACAGCCUCUCCAGGUCGUUGGUGCUGAAGUGCAGCAGCUACAGACACGCCCGCUGGUGGGGUCAGGCAAUCGAGGGCUUCGCCAAGAGGCACGGCGCCGCCUUCCUCACCGACCACCGCUUCGGCUCCUUCGCCAUGGAGGAGGAGAACAUCCCCGCCAAAUGGUACGUAAACGGUAAAACUUACAUGGAGGACGUCGCCGACGCUCUGGAAGAGGCCAAGACGGAGAUCUUCAUCACGGACUGGUGGUUGAGUCCAGAAAUCUUCUUGAAGAGGCCGGUGGUCGAAGGGAACCGGUGGCGUCUCGACUGCAUCCUGAAGCGCAAAGCGAAACAAGGCGUUCGGAUCUUUGUGAUGCUCUACAAGGAGGUGGAGUUAGCUCUGGGGAUCAACUCCGGCUACAGCAAGAGGACGCUGCUGAACCUCGACCACGAGAACAUCCGGGUGAUGCGCCACCCAGACCACGUCUCCUCCUCCGUCUACCUGUGGGCGCACCAUGAGAAGAUCAUCGUGGUCGACCAAUCGGUGGCCUUCGUGGGCGGGAUCGACCUGGCGUAUGGGCGCUGGGACGAUAAGGAGCACCGGCUGACGGAUGUGGGAAGCGUGACGCUGUCUCUCCAGGAGCAGGCUGCAGCUGCGUCUUCCACCACCGCCACCGCUCCGGCUAAUGGCAGCAGCGCUGUUUCCCAGGGCAACAUGGCCGGCGUUCUCACACCGACGGACUCAGCGGAUCAGCCCAAGCUGAAGGGUCAGGGGAGGAUGAAGCGGACCCGGUUCAGCAUCAGGAGACACCUGCAGAAACACGGGCUGGCCCACGCCGACAGCGACAGCGACCUGGAGGAAGAGCAGCCGACGAGCAGCUCUGUCCGAAGUCUUCAUACGGGGGUCGGAGAGCUUUUUGGGAACACACGUUUCUGGCAUGGGAAGGACUACUGUAACUUUGUGCACAAGGACUGGAUCCAACUAGAUAAACCUUUUGAUGAUUUCAUAGACAGACAUACUACGCCCAGAAUGCCUUGGCAUGACAUUGCCUCCGUGGUUCAUGGAAGGGCAGCGCGAGACGUGGCGAGACACUUCAUCCAACGGUGGAACUUCACCAAGCUUGUGAAGCCAAAAUACCGCCCUCAGUCAUUCCCUUAUCUGCUGCCAAAGUCCCACACCACUGCCGGAGAGCAACAAUAUCAAGUUCCCGACUGCGUCAACGCAAAAGUGCAGAUCCUUCGUUCUGCCUCCGACUGGUCUGCUGGCAUCAAAAACCCAGAGGAGUCCAUUCACCUCGCCUACGUCCACACCAUCCAGAACAGCAAGCACUUCAUCUACAUCGAGAAUCAGUUCUUCAUCAGCUGCGCGGACAACAAGCACGUCUUCAACAAGAUAGGAGACGCGAUCGCAGAGCGCAUCGUGCGAGCUUACAGGGAAGGUAAAAAGUACCGUGUUUACGUGGUGACGCCUCUGCUGCCAGGCUUCGAGGGAGACAUCAACACCGGAGGAGGCAGCGCCAUCCAGGCCGUCAUGCACUUCAACUACAGGACCAUGAACCGAGGAGAGUACUCCAUCAUCUCCCAGCUGAAGAGAGAAAUGGGAGAUCAGUGGAUGAACUACAUCUCCAUCGCCGGCCUGAGGACUCACGCUGAGCUGGGGGCGAAGCUGGUGACGGAGCUCAUCUACGUCCACAGCAAGAUGCUGAUCGCCGACGACAACACCGUCAUCAUCGGGUCGGCCAACAUCAACGACCGCAGCAUGCUGGGGAAGAGGGACAGCGAGGUGGCCGUGAUCGUGGAGGACUCGGAGACGCUGGACUCUGUGAUGGACGGGCAGCCGUACCGGGCGGGGAAAUACGCCCUGCAGCUCCGCCUCGAGUGCUUCAAGAUAAUCCUCGGGGCGAACACCGACACGUCCAUCGAUGUCUCUGAUCCGAUCAGUGAACAAUUCUACAAAGAGGUCUGGAUGGCCACAAGCGCUCGCAACGCCUCCAUCUACCAGAAGAUUUUCCGGUGUCUGCCGUCCAGCGAUGUCCGGAGCAUCUCGGAGCUGGAGGGCUACCUGUCCAAACCGGCGCUGGUCCGAGAAGACCCGGCUCGAGCUCGCGAGGAGCUGAAGAAGAUCCGUGGCUUCCUGGUCCAGUUCCCUCUUCAGUUCCUGAGAGAGCAGAACCUUCUUCCUCCCCUCGGCUCCAAGGAGGCCAUGGUCCCCACGGAGGUCUGGACCUGA